AUGGCAUCACUCAAUGGCUCACGAUCAAGUGUUGCUCAGAAUCAACUGCACGGAGAGCUACCACCAAAUGUCCGCAUUAAUCUUCCUAAUCUCGAAGAAUUUUACUGUGGUGGCAACAAAUUCACUGGAACUAUUCCUGCGUCAUUAUCAAAUUCUUCUAGACUUCGGAUGCUUAAUCUAGCUGAAAAUGGUCUCACCGGGACACUCCCUGCUGAAAAUCUUGGAAGCUUGCGAAGCUUAGUUUCCAUAAACUCUAGUCGCAAUAGACUGGGAAGUGGAACAACUGGCGACUGGAACUUUCUCAGCUUUUUGGCUAAUUGUACUAGCCUAGAGGACUUUGGCAUUGGAAACCUAGUAAACUUGACCCAUAUUGGAAUGGAAAAAAACUACUUCAGUGGUAGUGUCCCUGAUGGAAUUGGGAAGCUUCAAAAGUUACAGGAACUGUACUUGAAUGAAAACAAAUUUUCUGGGCCGACACCGUCCUCUCAAGGUAACUUGACUUCAUUAAGAAAGUUGUUCGUAAGCGGGACUAGGUUUGAGGGAAGUAUACCUCCAAGUCUUGGAAACUGCCAAAGUCUAUUUGCACUUGACCUUUCUAAUAACAACCUAACAGGCACCAUAUAUACCUGGAGAGAUUCUCGGAAUUUCAUCCCUUCCACUUUAUUUGGGAACAAUUCUUUGACUGGUUCGUCACCAUAUAAAGUGUUUGAUUUGGUAAAUCCUUGUGGAACUAGAUUUAUCGGAAAUAAGUUAUCAGAUGAAACCCCCACAACUCUUGGUAGUUGUAUUAUGUUGGAGCCCAUAUAUUUGGAAGGUAAUGAUUUUGAAGGAACAAUUCCUCAAUCUAUUCGAAGUUUGAGAAGUUUGGAAGAAAUAGAUAUUUCGUGCAACAACUUAUCUGGAGAGAUAACUGAAUUUCUUGGCAAGUUUACAUUGCUUAAUCAUCUCAAUCUUUCUUAUAAAGAAGGGAUAUUUUCAAAUGCAAGUGAUCUCUCAAUUAUUGUCAACGAUAGGCUAUGUGGCGACCUCCCAAAAUUGUGCAUGCAUCCGCAGAAAGUCUCGUUCAUCUCAACGACCAGUUGCCAUAAAGGUAGUCAUCCCUAUAGCUUGUGCAUUUGCCUUGCUCUGUCAUUCUUCAUUGUGUCUCGUUCAAAGGGUGGAGGAACCGGCACUUAUUUGUUGUGCUUGGUGGCUCUUCCAAAGUGUAGGAGGUGUAGCUUGAAGUGUUACUCCUUCGUUCUUUCCAAUAAUUUGGAUUGCUUCCAACGUGGAGAACAGCAAAGACUCCACUUGUUGGCAAGAAAGUAUACGACUUUGAAGUUUGCAUCAUCUGAAUUCUCAAUAACCAAAGUGAACCCACCUGUUGGUCUAUCAAGAAACUUGUCGGAGGGGCUGGGCCCGAAGUGGAAGCUUGGAGGUGCUGGCCUUGGUGUGCGACGUGGGCUCGCCCUAGGAGAGGCAGCGCUGGGCCUUGGUGAGAUGUGGGCUUGCGCUGGAGCUGAAUGGGGACGCCGGAGCCUGCAAGCGUGGGCUUGCUCACUGGGGCAUGCGCUGGACUUUGGGCGCUGGUUGGGCUUGGAGGAGUGGGUAGACUGGGCUGCGUGCUGGCUAGGCUCGAGAAGUGUGCAGGCUGGGCUGCCCCCUUUAGCUUGUGCUGGUCCAAACAGCAAGAAAUAA